UGACACAGUGGGUGAAGUGAACAAAGUACAGUCCAAAGAAAAAGAAUUAAAAAAGUGCAAAUUUUGUGGAGGACGACACUUGUUUGUGAAAGGUGCUUGCCCUGCCCUUGGGGAAAAGUGUAGAAGAUGCAAGGGAAAAAACCAUUUUGAGAAAAUGUGUCGUAAAUCUGAGGAAGCAAGGAAGAAAAAGAAGAAGCAUAUCAAGGAAGUGAAGGAUGAAGAGGAAGAAUACAGUAGAAGCAGUGAUUCAGGAGAGAGAUCGGAAUACGAUGAUUCAGAUUACGAGAGGGAAAUCGGAAAGAUUUACAACAACUCUUCUCGAGGGGGACAUGUACUGGCUGAUGUGCAUUUGAGAUUCAACGGCGGUUGGAAGAAAGUGAAAUGUGAGCUUGACACCGGUGCAAAUACGAGCCUAAUCGGAUUGAACUGGCUCCGCAAACUUUGUGGAGAAAACGAGCCAGCGUUGCUUCCUUCGAAGUUCAAGCUCCAAAGUUUCGGUGGAGGAUCGAUUCCACUGCUGGGGGAAGUGAAAGUGCCUUGCCGUCAUAAAAACCAAAAGUUUAAGCUGGUGUUUCAAGUAGUGGACGUGGAUCAUCGUCCACUGCUUUCGGCAAAAGUGUGUGAUGCGCUGAAAUUGGUCAAAUUUUGCAACUCGGUUUCGUUAUUGUCAUCUGGGGCGGAAGGCGACAGAGAAGAUCCCCUGAAAGUGUACCGCGUUGAAGCAUAUCGUAUCGCAGAAGAAUAUGGCAGUGUGUUUAAAGGGUAUGGAAAAAUUGAAGGAGACGUUUCGCUCGAGAUCGACCCUGCUGUGCCCCCGCAGAUUCAGCAGCCACGAAGGAUCCCUAUUGCGCUUCGAGGGAAACUUCGAGCUGGACUAGACAAACUCGAACAGGAUGGAAUCAUCAUCAAGGAAUCCCGUCACACCGAUUGGGUCAGCAACAUCUUACUCGUAAAUCGUUCUUCUUCAGACGUUGGUGAUGUUAGCUACAGACGUGACGCCGUGAACGUGAAGCCUCGCAAUGAACCAGUUCAACCGUUGACGAAUAAAGAUCCCGAUCCGGCUCCGGCAGAACCGUCACGACCGAUACCCGAGAUAGACAACGGACAACUCAACGUUGUACAACCCGAGGGUUCUGAAAUGCAACCUUCUCAUCCCGAAACACUGGCAACGCGGCUUCCAGAUCAAAGUAACUUCGAGGCGGUCUCUUCACCGCAAUGUCCACCAGUUGAUCCAGUCAGGGUACCCCAUCCGACGACCGAACGUCCAAAGCGAUCUUCUCGAAUUCCAGCUAAGUAUAAGGACUAUGUAAUGAAUUAAACUAAUUUCCGUGAAAAGGGAAGAUGUUGCAUUGUUUAGAGUAAAAUACUUUCAGAGUGUAAUAUACUCAACAUGUGAGAAUUCCUUCAGAGUGUGUAGAGUAAAAGUCAGAGUCAGUUUUUUACCAGACCAGGAAGUAAAAUGGAUGUCCUCCGAUUUGUAUUCUAAAAUAGUGUAUUUUCUCUGAAUCCGAAUGAACU